AUGCAUUCUAAAGACAAACCAGUUCAUGAGUUGUGCAUCCUACGUACGCUGCUUCUAGCGGAAAGUCUCUCCAGCCGUCACGAAGCAUCGAAGCAAACAGUUCACGAUAUGGAAGCACUGAUAUUGCAGUUAAAAGAUAUCCCGUUAAAUGUACUGGCUGAUGCCAGACUUGCCAUCGUGACUAGUCUUUUUGAACAGUGCGAAUUCGAAGCAAGCUAUCAGCAGGGAUUGUCGGCGCUGGAGCUGCUAACGGACAACAGCGAUCAUGGAGUAAUAGUUUCGGCAUUACAACAGUUGGCUAAAACCUGUCUCGCUCGAAGACAACUGAGUCGAGCUAAGCUUCUAAUAACACAGGCAGUCAGCUGGGCGUCGCACGAGCUUGGAUCAAUGAGCAUUUCUUACGCAAAGGCGCUGGAAGAUUACGCCUUUUACUUGUUGACGAUGAGGGCAUAUAGCGACUGUAUCAAGGUACAUUCGGAAGCCAAAGAUAUCUAUUACGGAUAUCUUGGCCUGCGCCCGAAUUUAUCGUUGGGAAAUCUGGGGUUCUCGUUGUACCUCGAAAGCCGGCAGAAUUCACAAUUUGGUCCCAUUGAAACCUACCUGAAGUUUGUGGUUGACCUGGAUGCGAAAGUCAGGUCGGAAGUAGAGCACCCCGAAGAAAGACUAGCGGUGGCUUGCAGACGUAUACGUUUACUAAAAACUGUAGAACGAUUGGCUCAGCAUGGGGACGUUGUCAAAACGGAUAGCUUAGUGAAAGAUCCACCGCAGCUGAGUAUCGUAGAAAUUAAAAGAAUAUUUUUAAAUCUUACCGAUUGUGAGUAG